AUGUUCUCCAUCCAGUACAAGUUGUUAAUGCCCAUGUUAAACAUCAUCAUCCAGAGCCUGAAAACCAAAGAGGUGAAAACAGCUGUUGAGAAAAUAUUGGGGAAAUGCAAGGAAUGUCUCAGUUUUGCUGAAAAAAAGAAGUCAAAGGAGAAUCAAACCACUGUGAUCCAUUUUAUUCUCUUUGGACUUUCCAGUGAUCCAAAGAUCCAGAUUUUCUUCUUUGUGUUGUUUUUAGUUAUUUAUCUCAUCACUCUGUUGGGGAACAUGCUGAUCAUUCUGGUGAUAAAGGCUGAUCCUCAACUCCACACCCCCAUGUACUUUUUCCUGAGUAACUUAUCUUUCCUUGACAUCUGUUAUUCCUCUGUCUCUGUCCCUAAGAUGCUGGUAGAUUUCUUGAGAGAGGAAAAAACAAUUUCUGUAAAUGCCUGCAUUGCCCAGAUAUUCUUUAUUUUUAUGUCAUCCUGUACUGAAGUUUUAAUUCUUGCAGCCAUGGCUUAUGACCGAUAUGCUGCCAUAUGUGAUCCAUUGCAUUACAUGGUGACCAUGAAUAAACAGGUCUGCUGUCAGCUAGUGGGUGGUGCAUGGACAAUGGCUCUCUUAUAUGCACUGAUAAACACUCUUCCUCUGUCAGAGAUGCAAUUCUGUGGGCUCAGUGAAAUCAGUCAUUUCAUCUGUGAACUCCCUUCCGUAUUAGAUCUGUCCUGUACUGAGACUUUUACCAGUCAAGUGGUGUUUUUCACUUCUGCUAUGGUCAUAGGGCUCAUCUCAUUCUCCUUCACUAUACACUCUUACAUACACAUCAUCUCCACCGUCCUGAGGAUACCCUCCUCAGAGGGCAGGCAUAAAGCCUUCUCCACCUGCAGCUCCCACCUCGUUGUGGUUGUUUUAUGCUAUGGGACUGGUUUGUUUCGGUACAUGAGACCCAACUCAGUCUCUUCAAUGAUUCUGGACAGACUGUUCACCAUCCAGUACAGCAUCUUAACCCCUAUGUUAAACCCCAUCAUCUAUAGUCUGAAAAAUAAGGAGAUGAAAAUAGCACUUUGGAAAAUACUGGGGAAAUAUUUCUCAUGUAAUGUAAUGUAA